AUGGCAUCCAACGGCGGAAGUGCGCGCCGUGUUCUGCGGUCGCUCGACCAUAUGUGGAUGGGCACAAAUGGAAAGUUUAUGCGCAAACUGCGACCAACUCGUGCUCAGUCAGAGCCGGCAUUUGUACAGCCGAAUGACCGCAUCCAAUUUUGGAACAUUGUGCCAGGGGAUGUGGUAAAACUGCGCAGCGGUGCUGUGGGCCAUGACGAGGAAGGGCGGUCCAUACGUGGUGAAGGAAUCGUGUCAUCUAUUGACCGGAUGACCAAUCGCCUGUGGCUACGUGAUCCAAACGAAGAGACAAACUUGGCGCCUAAAAAUGUCAAGCACGUAGUCCCUCGUCUCGUUGAUCCCGAAAAAGGCGAGGAUAAGGGGUUUUCGGGGAAUAUAACGUUUGUGCCGCGACCUGUGCACUAUUCCAAGGUGAUGCUCAAAGUGCCCAACACGGAGACAUAUGCGUCGCGGAUUGAGCGUUCCAAGCCGUUCUGGGACAAGCGCAAGAACAUGUUUUGUUGGAAACGGUUUGCGGUCGUAAAGACGACCGACAAGGAAGCGCUGCGCGCGGGCGAAAUCGUGCAGCGGAUCGAGGUACCCUGGCCGAAACAUCCCGAGAAACGACGGCCAUUUAACGAGACCAUGGCGGACGCUCAGCUCGUUGAGACAGAGACGUGGAUUCCAUGGGUCCCUGAAGACCCUGUGCUUUUGCCGGCUAAUAAGCCGUGGACUACAGUCGCCAACGUGGAGGCUGCAGAAGAGCAGCGCGUACAAUGGGCGUCGCAAAAUGCACAAAAAGCAUCGGGGGAUAACGAUACACUCGCGACGCCUCUGGGUGCAAAGAGCUAUGGCGGUUUUGCUACACGCAAGUCUGUACGCCCUCCGCCGAUUGCGCAACCUCCGCGCGCCUCUGAGCUUCACGAUACGGAAAAGAACCGCCUCAUGGAUUUCGCCACAAACGAGGAAAUCCAAGCGCAUGUAGAGCAGGGCGGCCAAGCAUUUGCCGCGAGCGAUUACCUUACCAUUGCCCCGCUUGUCGGCCCAGCAAGUGGCGGCGAUUGGAGUGCCCUCGACGACACACCAGCGCGUGGCCAGCGCGAUGAUCGCGGUCAGCUCGUCAAGCGACCAAGCAAGCGCGAAGUGGAUGCGAUGCCGUUGGAGCUGCUUAUGAAAGACGAUCUUUCCAACGAUCGCGGCCUGAAAUGGCGCAUGCGCCGCUGGAAAGCGAAGCAGGUGGAACUGAAGGAGCAGCAGGCUACGAAUGAAAAGAACGACAAAGCGCUAUUGCGUGAGUUAGAUGCCCUUGCGUAG